AAGGAAAGCUACAAGUCGCAUUUUGUCGUCCUUCUUCAGCCGUCAACAACACUCGAUAGUUUGACCAAGUUUAGCGAGGAAGACUAAAUAAACGUCGAAUUAUUUAGCAAGAACUUGUCAUAUCCGCCAUGUUGAGACUGAACUUCAGGCGGGAGAAAGACAAAGAAUACAAACACAUCGCCCAUGGUUUGAUCCCUGCUGCCUCCAUUGCCCCCAAAGCUGCUGUGCCUCGUACCCCACCCCCACGCAGCCCCAACCCCUCACCUGAGAGACCCAGAUCGGCCUUAGCGGCGGCCAUCUUGUCUUCAUCGCUCACCGGACAGACCUGGGCGCUGCCCCCGACUCGCCCAAGGUCUUUCUCUGAGGCCCAACGAUCCGCCUCCUUCGUUUCGGAGCCGAACAUCAGCACCGCACUUUUCACACGGGAUCGAUGGUCGGAAGACUUUGCUGCUCGCCCGCGUCUGUCCUGGCCUGACCACUCUGAGGAGGAUGACCAAGAAGACCGGCUGCUGAGCGGCGUCGCUGCAGAAGUCGUUGGUGCUGCGCCCCUGGAACACUCGGCUGAGACUCCCCAGGCCAGUCCCAUGUUGUCCAGCAGGGAGUCUUCUUCUCCAGAAUCCCCGCAGCAAAGAGGUGUAGAUCUUCCUAAAGCCAGCAGUGUUGUCUUAAAGAAGCAAGUGUCAGUGAAGAGGAGCUCCAGGAGCCUUGGAGAAGAUGUUCCACUCAUCAGCCAGCAGGGCGGCGCCAAAAGAGAACCAAAAGAAGCGGCCAACCUGCCAUCUUCUGACAGCCUGCGGGGGAGGGGCGCUCUCAGGGCCUUGAAGGUGGAGAACGCCAAGUUGGAGGCGGAGCUGCGACGCCUGCAGCAGGAAGUUACUCGUAGCCCCGCCUCCACGUCCACUACAGGCAUGCAGACACAACUGCACACUCUGAGACAACAAACCCAGGAGCUGCUGGACCAAAACAACGCCCUCAAACGUACCAUUCAUCCCCUGAAUGCAGAGAUGACACACUCCAAGCAGGAGGCGGAUUUGAAGCCUUUCUCUCCCCGCGCCUUGGCCUACGAGGACAUGCUGAAGAAGAAGGAUGCACUGCUGCACACCACGGAGGACGAGGUGAAGCGUUUGAGAGCGCGCCUGGAAGAAGUGGCCAAAGAAAACAAGAGACUUCACGGGGAACUUGCCAAGACCGGAGGGAUGAGCCCAGACGACCGCCUUCAAGUGCAGCAGCAGGCCCUGCUGGUCUUGCAGGAGAAUCACUUCCUGAGCCAACAGCUGGAGGCGCUGCAUGUUAAGACCAAGGACCACCACAGCAAACACCUGGCUGAAGUGUCCAAAGUGUCCAAGCAGCUGAUGCUGAUGGAGGCGGAGAACCAGCGUUUGCAGGAGGAGCUGGACGGGAGCAGGAGGGAGGAGCAGAGCCAGAAGAAGGAGGUGCUCCGUCUGCGAGGCCUCCUCAAGGACGCCGUCGCCUGGGAGGAACACUGCAACAUUGCUGGGAGACUCAGGCGGCAGCUCGAGCAGGAGCAGAGCAGGAACGUGGAGGAGCUGGAGGAGGUGCGCCUCCAAGCGUCCGGCCUGCAGGUGCACAACCGCAGUCUUUUGGCGGACAACGCCAAGCUGACGGCUGAUGUGCAGAGAAUGGAGGCGGAGCUGGAGCUGAGCAGACAAGCCAACAGGAAGGCGGAGAAGAAGCUGAGCGCACUGAAGCACCAGAAGGACGAGUGUGCGCUGAAAGAGGAGAAGACCAGGAAUUACCUGGAAUCUGUCCUGGCUGUGGCCGACGGGAUCUCCCAGGAGCGAGACCAGCUACUACACAUGGCGUCGACGCUUCAGCAGGAAAAGCAGGAGUUCCUCGGCAAGAUGGUGAACGGCACCGUUCAAUUCGGAAAGCUGGAGGAGCGCGUCAAGGUGUACCGCAAGCAGGCGUCCAGCCGACUGGCGGCGCUGGAGGAGGCGGCGGAGGGCAAGGCGGCGUCCUACCACAGGGAGGUGGUGCACCUGCAGAGUCUGCUGGCGGAGAGGCAGCAGGCGGAGGAGAGGCUGCUGCAGUCCAAACGGGCGGUGGAGGAGGAGCUGGAGGUGGUGUGGCAGGCGGCUACCAGGGAGAACCAGCACAUCAAAGACACUCUGUGGGACUCCAGGCCCAUAGGAGACCUCCUUGCUGACCGGCCUCUCGGAGCAGCCCACAAGUCCUCGGACCACCUGGACGUCUACACCUAGAGGAACUCCUCUUGCAUCCCUCAGGCAACUUUUC